GAGAAACGAAAGGACGAAGUACACAAAUUGCUUGCGGCUGGGAGUGUACCCACAAAAUAAAAUCGAGCAAGCUUUCCCUGUUUGCCAGUAAUCUCUCUGCAAUCAUCGGUGUGUGUGUGUGUGAGAGAGAGGAGCGUCGGGGAUUCUGACCGAGUUUCACUUUCACUACUGAAUUCUCAAUUAUCCAUCUAUUUAACAAAACAGACAUCAUCCUUGGUUUUGUGCUGUCACUGACUUUAAAACAAAAUGGACAGGUAUUUUAAACGUGCUGGAAAACGUCUGGAGAAACUGGGGAAACAAAGCUUGGAAAACAUAGUUCAAGAUUUGCAUCACUCCACGCAACCAGAGAAUGAUGCAUCAAAUGACAGCGAACACAAAGUUGAUGACGAGUUUCAGUCAAAACCUCUAGGAAGGAAACUAGAAAUAAUUGGAAAGCAUAGACUGGAAAAGUUAACAAAACAAUUUGUGCAACAAACAAAUGUCACUAAAUUGUUCAAUGGUGGGCAUGAAAGUGAUGAUGACGUGUCAGACAAUGUCAUUGACAGUAGCUGCCAGGGUGAACUUACUGCAACAGAGCCAGGAGUCGCAGAAAUUCAAAAUGAAGAUGCAACAGAUGAAAUCAAGAAAAAGCUUCAGGAUGUAUUUCAGCAAGGAAACGUCCCAUUUCAUGUCAGGACAUUGACCGUUUGUGGCUACAGGAGUGCUGGGAAGACAACUCUGCUGCGCAGAUUACUGAAUGAAUCAUUUCGGGUGGAUGAGCCCAUAACUGAUGGAAUACGGAUUGGACAAAUAGAUAUUAAAAACUGGGAGAAAAAGUUAGAUAAUCCGAGUGAUGACCUAACGACUGCAGUUGCAUCCUGUGUUUUAAAUUCUGACAAACAGCCCCUUGAAGGAACACAAACAGAGCAGAAUGGUGCUUGUUCAGGAGGAGAACAAGAGUGUUUCGAUAAAGGUGCUGUUGUGAAUGAAAGCUUUGCCCAGCAGAUACUGCUGAAAGUGAAAGAACCCACCCAAGUGCCUGAAGAGUUCUCAAUAUUUAGAUACUAUGACUUUGGAGGACAUGUGGAGUAUCAGCAGAUGCACAUGCCCUUUUUACCGAACAAUGCUGUCUACCUGUUGGUCAUCAAUCUAACUCUGGGAUUAAAUGACACAGUACCAACAAAAGAGAGGCUGCUUAGAGGACAGAAAAUAACGGAUACCUGUGGAUUUACUGUGAAAGAAUACCUCAACUACUGGAUCGGAUGUAUUUCCUCUCUCUGCAAAGCUAAUAAGACAACCCACCAAGUUAUUCUAGUUGGGACAUUUGCCAAUGCCUGCAAAAAUGCUGAGGAGGCUUUGAAUACCAUUUAUAGUUAUCUUCACGAACAUUUCCCAGCUGGUGUACUUCACGAUCAGAAAUUCAUUGUUGACAACUCUGUUGAUCAUGACCAGGGAGCUGGAUACAGUGAGUUACGUUCAACCAUUGACAAACUUUCCAGACAAGUAGCGUUUGAAGACAACAUUGUUUUAUAUCAUGCAAUAUUGUACUACCAUAUUCUCCACUGUACUGAGAAAUACCUGCUGUGUUCAGAUCUGUACUUACCAUGGUACAAAAUAAUGGGCAGUCCCCAAGGAACAGAGGUGAACAGUGCUGAGAAAAUGCAUCAAGUGCAGGCUGCACUACAGGUCUUGAACUGCAUGAAAUUUGCUUACUAUUCAGAUCCAAUCUUGGUCUUGGAUCCUCAAUGGCUUAUUGAUCUCAUGGCAGCGAUGAUUCCAGUCAACUGUCUCCCGCCACCGAAUAUACAAACUGCACCACUUCCAAUUCACCGUGAGUGGAUGAAACUAGUCAACACUGGAAAACUUUCAGAAGAUCUCCUGCAAUAUAUUUGGCCAAAAGAAGCACUAAAGCUUAAGGAGGAGUUGAUUGACAUUAUGAAAUGCCUAAAUUUAGUUGUGCAGGCCAAUCCAGAAUCCAAGGAUUACCAUCUUUGGUUCAAGCGUAAACAGAGAGAGAUAUUCCUGUGUUUUUAUGAGAACCAAGUUAUGGCAUACUUCCGGAAAGAUGUUUUUAAUGAACUGAUACCCAGGUUUCAAAAGGAAUGGCCCUACAUUGAAUCCCUUGAUGUUAAUUUUGUUCAACUUGAAAAGAAAAAGCAUGCAGACUAUAAAAUAUAUCUGGAACUGAAAAAUGACAGAGUACUGCUGGUGAAUAGGAACGAGUUUGAACAUGAUGAUUUUCUGUAUAAAGCUGGCACUAUCGUGGAGUAUAUGCAAAGGUCAUACCCUACACUGUGUCUGUUUGUGGAUGGUAAACCAUACAAAGCAAUUGAACUCUUCCUUCAGGUUAGGCAGAGGAUAAGGGAAAACAUGGAGGUGGUGAGUGCAGUGAAGAUCUUCAUGGAGGAUCAGUCAGAAACACAAAAUGACAUUUUCUUCAGAGAGCAGUUAAUUGACAUCAGAUUUGAUACAACACCAGAAAAUAUGGUGGAUAGGAUUGAAGAAAGAAUGCUGAUAAAAGCUUUGGCAGAACUCAACCGAUUCCAUGGCGCUAACGCAGAGGAGAUAUGCAGACAAAAGCUCGAACUUGUACCAACGGCUCAUUUCUUUUCCAAAGGAAGAGAGUUGAUAAACAACUUGUGUGAAUUGCUGAUAAAACUACACAGUUCCACGGAGAGCAGGAGGUGUAUCAUUGAUAAUGUAGGAGAGAUCUUUCAGUGCUGUGUUAUCCAGUGCAUGCUGGACACAGAAAAUCAGCCCAUGGACUAUAAUGAAAUCCCAAUGCUGGAUGCUUGUGAAAUGUUUGAAAAAGCUCAACAUGGAAUUCCAGAAAGUGCCAUAAGAGAUAUCCAGCAUCUUCAAGAUUUAGAUUUAACAGCUGUAGAUGACACCACCAUGUCUGAGGACUUUACAGAGAAACUUAUAAUAAGCAUACAUCAUCUGUUCUGGAUUAUUAAACUGGUCUUUGUGAAAUGUACGGAUUGGAAAAGUGCAAAAGAGCUAAGCUUGGAAGAGUCCAUUAGCACGCUGUACUUUAAAAGCUAUCAACGCUACUUGGAAUGUGAAAAGGAACUUGGCGCAUUAAGAAGCGAACAACAUAAACUAGUGAAAACAAAAGUUUCAAAUCGGAAAGGCCAACACUGCAGAGAUUGGAUACAUAAGAACUUCAGUAAAUUUGUACAGAAAAUGGGAGAAGGUGUUCACAAGCCUGUAGUAGAUAAGCUUUUUGAGAAGUGUCUAAAUAAAGAAGAAGUAGACAACAUUGCAUCGAAAACAACUUACCAAGAAAGAAACCGGGAAUUGCUGAAAAUACUGCUUAACAAAGGUGAAGUUACCUGCAGAAUGUUCCUUGUCGUUUUCUGCAACGAGGAUCCUUUCAAUGAAAUGACUAGAAAGACUCAAACUGAAGUAAAUCUCAGAUUUUCCAUCGAAGAAAUGGAUUUUCCACUAGCAGGACAGACCUAACAGAAAUGGCAGCACAG